CAGAUCAGUUCAUAGAUAGAAGGCAAUGUAGCAGGGUGGGCGAAAACCAUAUCUUCAAUACCCAUAUGUUGGUUCCAUUUCUACGACGCGAGGCAGAUCAUAUAAGAUUGCGUCAAUUGAUUCGUUCGUGGUGCAGAUAUAAGAAACAAAAUAUAUGUGUGAAAGAAGUAAAAACAACGAAUCAGGGGAAAGGAUGAUUAGUAAGUUCUUUGAUAUAUAAAAAGCUAAUUCUUAGUUGAUGCUACGAAUUUUCAUUGAUUUUCCAACUUCUUGUUUCAGGGCGCAUUGGUGCUGUAUCGUCAAUGACCGUACUGUUAAGAACCAAGUUUGCACAGGCCCACCAUACCUUGUGUUUUAAUCAACUGUUAAUAUUGGGGGUCGUAGAGAUUCGAACACACGACCAUUUGGCCAAACCAGCUCUGAUACCAUGUCAAGAACCAAUUGCUCCCAAUAACUCGAGUUGUUGGGAGAAGGUUCUGCUGGAUCUUAUACCACUCUCUAACACGUACUAUACAUACACUUGAGUCAUGAUGAGUUGAUAAGCUCCUACCUGCUGCUCUAAACAUGAAUCUUGCAGCAUUAUCACCAGUCAGUCACCGCAGCAAUCAGUGCAUGUGAGUCAACAGUCUGAUAACGAAGUUCAUCCGCUCUUCCUCGCGGAUGAUAUGAGGAUUUAGGAUCAGGCCAGUUUUUGUGAUGGGUUGAGAGCGAUGGGGAAUUCUGUUCAAUUCUUUCUGCACCUACUCAACUGGUCACGGGUGAGUUGAAAAAGAAUGUCCAUGUCGCUUUAUCAAUCACAUCUCCACAACCCCUUCACGGGCCAAUGUUAGCUAAUGCAACCAUUCGAUUAUAAACUUGCAUCUUGACGCAAAGGUUGAUCGUCGUUGAUGAUACAUACGUCACAUGUUUUCAUAUUAUAGCAUCAAUACUGAAAAAUCAUCGCCAGUGGCGUAGGAUAUCUGCUGCCUUUUCAUAAAUUGCCUAAAAUCGAAAACGACCUGGAUUUGGAUUUUCUCAGUUGCCUUGUCUUCCUAAACUGGCUGUACAAUAUUUUAUUUGCAAACUUGCAUAGGAAGGUCCGAUUACUGACCUUAACAGGAAGAAGAAGAAAAAAAAAUCCUUGCUCUCAUCAUCUGCUAAUUCUUCCUUUGGAACCGAACAAUGGAGAUCAACAUGGAGCAUCAAUUGAGCCCGCGCAUCACCAAAUUCAACAUCAACCCUUGUUCAAUCCUCGUGGGACUACACGUGCUGAUGAACAGACUAGCAGCAAAGAACGGAGAAAGAUCCAACUUCGCUUUCUCCCCACUUUCGUUCCACUCCAUGUUAAGCCUCAUUGCUCUGGGCUCAGAAGGCCCUACUCUCAAACAGAUGCUUGCCUUCAUGGGAAUCGAUGGUCUCGAUGAACUCAACUUCUUGGCUUCCCAUCUCGUUUCCUCAGUACUGCCACCUCCCCGAAAUGACAACGACGACAUCAGUCAUGGCCCGAUCGUAUCGUUUGUGAAUGGCGCAUGGCUGGAUCAUCGUUUCAAGCUGAAAGCUCCAUUUCAGCAAACUGUGAGAAGUGUCUAUCGUGCCACGGCAAAAGAAGUUGACUUUCUCGAACUACCCGAUCAAGCAAGAGAAGAGAUCAACACAUGGGCAGAGAAAGAAAGCAGAGGACUCAUCAGAAACCUCUUACCACCAGAUGGUAUAGACGAAGAGACAGUUCUGAUACUCACAAACGCACUCUACUUCAAAGGAACAUGGAGCAUCCCAUUCGACAUCUCCAAGACACACCAGAGAGACUUCCACGCCUUAACCGGCAGCGCCAUCCAAGUUCCUUUCAUGGCCACCGACGCCAACCAGAAACAUCUCUACGCAUCCACAAGCGACCAUCAGAUGCUAAAGAUGCCAUACCGAACCGGAUCAGACCAUGACAGCCGCCGUUUCUCCAUGUGCUUCUUCCUUCCCAACGCCAGAGACGGGCUGGCUGGUUUGUUGGAUAGGAUCAGAGCAGAACCCAUGAUGCUGAACCCACAGGUGGCAGAGAGAGUCGUUUCGCCUGUAUGGAUCCCGAGGUUCAAGUUCGAGUUCGAGGUUGAGGCUUCGAGUAGUAUGAUGGAGCUUGGACUGGUGCUGCCCUUCUGUGAUAUGUAUGGGUUGAACGGAAUGGUGGAGAUAGCGGAUGAACCGGUUGUCCUGUCGAAGGUGUUUCACAAGACGAUGAUUGAAGUGAAUGAGGAAGGAACUGAAGCUGCAGGUAGUAGUGCAGGGAGGAUUAGAGGACUUCGUUGUAGGUCAGCGGCUCCUCCGAGCUUUGUUGCUGAUCAUCCUUUCGUGUUCACGAUUGUGGAGGAGAAUUCUGGUUCGGUUUUGUUUCUUGGAGCUCUGCUCAAUCCUCUGUUAGUCAGUUGAAACUUGAAAACCUAGCAGUAGCAAAGGGCAUACAUACUCUUCUCUUCUUCCAAACAUGUGCUGCAAAAUGUUAGUGAGCUAUGAAGUUAUAAUCCUUAUUCAAGAUAAGUCAUCUGUGAAACCAAAAGUGUCAUUACAACAAGCUGCUUUAGUUUACAAACAGGACUCACAGUGGAAAC